AGAGUCUAGGCGUUGCGAUUUUGUUUCUCUUGGUAUUCCAAGCACAUGGCGGCCUGCAGAAUGAUUUGGGAUUAUCCAGUAACGACAGACAGCAGGUGCCGACAAGCGCAAUCUCUGACGACAUUCGGAAGCAGCUGCAAGAUGUUCGGUUUACGUUGGAAAAGUUCAACACGCACUAUCUGAUCAAUUUGGAGCAGCGGAUGAUGAAUAUUCUGACGACGAUGACCAGUCUCGAUAGCAACGUGAAAAGUUUACAGGAAAAGGCACAGGUUUGGGACGUCUUUCAGCAUCACAUUGGGGCUUGGAAUGAUCACAUCAAGUCGGUGGACCAAAAGAUGGAACUGUUGAAGAAGGCACACGAAAGUACACCACCAGCGCUAGAAACACGUCUGUCGAACCUGGACUUUAAAGUGCAGCACGUGUUCGAUAAGGUUGAUACAAUCAACGAAAAGUUGCACGACAUUACGAAAACUGUGUAUGCCUUAUCCAGUGCCAAUCGUGCCCGGCGAAACGAUCGCGAAUCAACUGAUCAAGGCGCAGUAAUGACCAAGAUCAGUUCUCUACAGAAGCAACUAAAUCGCUUGGAGUCCAGUUCUGCCAAUUGCCAGAAGAAAAAUGGAAACGGAAAUGGUGGCACCAAAGUGAAAAAGGAAGUUCAGGAGUUUGAAGAUGAGGUUGAUGAUUUCCUGGACAAACUUGCAACAAAGAAGCUAAAGGAUAUUGCUGCAAAUCGUAAGCACGGUCGAUCUCUGGAUAGUUUAACCAACCUGCUUCGAACCGUCGAUGAACGGACUGUAAGGAUCUACGACCUGGAAGCGAAUCAGUUUGAGCAGAUUCUGAGUUGCUGCAAACAAACCGAUCGCGAAAUAACGACAUUCACGAAUAGUGCGGAUAUUUUAUUGAAACGCAUCGAACGGCUGGUGAUCAACGUUGAUGCUAAAAUUGAAACUCGAAAUCUACAACAAUGCGAGCGAAAUAGUUCUACGAAAGUUGAAGACGACAUUGUAACGGAUCUUGGAAGUGGCGAAGGAGCUGUCCCGACUACAACUGAGAAAGAUUACAAAGCAAUCGAAAUCGAAAUUGAUGAGCCGGAAGUUUCAGCCGAUUUUCAUCAACCGAGCAAGCAAGGCUGCCACCAGCUUACGAUCAGACAAAACGGAGUCUACACCUUCGGCGAGAUAGAGCUGAACGAGGCCAAUCGAGACUUCAACAGACGCUACUGCUACUUUGCUACCGACGGACCAGCCUGGACCGUGAUUCAGCGACGCAAGUUGGACGAUUUGCAGGAAAACUUUAAUCGCAGUUGGAACGAAUACAAAUACGGAUUUGGAGAUUUAAGCCAUGAAUUUUGGCUCGGGAAUGACUUCAUCAACACAUUAACCUACGACGACAACGUUGAGCUGCGAGUUGAACUGUGGGAUUUUGAAGGGAACUCGGCCUGGGCUGAGUUCAAAACGUUUCGAAUCGAUUCCGAGAGAUUCAACUACAAUUUGAUGGUGAGCGAGUACCACGGAAAUGCUUCGGACGCGAUGAGCUAUCACAACGAUCAGGACUUUAGCACGUUCGACCGGGCUAACGACAAAUCGAACGGAUCUUUUGCGUGUGCUUUAACUUAUGGAAGCGGAUGGUGGUUUAACAGCUGUGCUGAGUCAAAUUUGAAUGGAGUCUACUAUGCUGACGAUCCUAAGGCGCACAAAUCUACGGGAAUCUUGUGGGAAACAUGGCUCGGUGAUUAUUCGCUGAAGGAGUCCACCAUGAUGAUUCGAUCAAGAGAAGUGUGGACGACGGAAGGGGAACCACAGGAUCCUUAACAACAAAAAUCUUUAUUUCGACAGCAUGAUCAUCAAACAUGUAAUAAUUGUAUUCAGGAUACUUUUCAAUCCCUUCAAAUUAUGAUCUUAACGUACACACAACUGUAUUUAAUCCAUCCUAUUCCAAUAAAAAAUGAUUUUAUAAUGCUUUUA